UCAAACAAACAACAUCUCUUCUUUAAAACACACACACACACAUUAUAUCUAUUUUUGGAAUAUUUAUCAACAUGAACUCCAACAACAUUAGCAACACCAUGUACAACAACAACACUUCUUACAAGAACCAAACCUAUACCAUCUACAAGUCCAAAGUAUCUCCUUCACGCCGUCUUAAGAAUAUGCUGAAACCAGUUUUGGGUCGUAUCUUCAAAUCUAAGACCCACAAACCCAAGCGCAGCUCUUAUAUUGCUUCCGAGGAAAAGGAAAGUGAAUUCGAUUGGCUUAACAAUGAUAUGGACAAUAUGGCUAAUGAACAUUUGGAAAAUCGUCUUAUGGAAGAAUUACAACACAGUGAAUCUGGUGAAGCUAUUGUGGUCAUCAAUGAAGAUGGUUCCCGCCAAUUGGAAUUCAUUGAUAAAGAUGAUCUUUAUGUUCCUGUUCACUUUGCUCGCACCAAUGCUGGUACAUUCUUUUGGACUUCAGUGCAAAAGGAAACCGUAGAACCCUAUCAAAUUGAAUGGAACUUCUUGGAUAGAUGGGCUCAAGCUUAGAUUCUUCUAUAACA